UCCAAUCCCGGAAAAUAACAUAAAAAGUUUGUGUCGCAACUUGCUCUUUGCUCUGUCAAAACGUUUCAUUUUCCGAUUCUUUCUAAAACAAUUAUUGUAGGAAUGCGUUGGACUAUAUGAUAUAAUAAUGAAGUCUGCAUUGUUACACGUUUUAGUGCCCGUUUGUGUUUGUGUCGUUUUGGCAAACACUGGUCUAUUCAACAGCGUUUUAGUCGAGAUGAGCUAUGAUCACUACGCCGAGAAGACAGUUGACUACCUACCCUGUUACCUGGCAAUGCCAUUCAACUCCUUGGUCAAUUUGGGAUACAUUUUCAUGGGCAUUUACUGGCUACUUCAACGGACGGACGGUAAAAGAGACACUAGGGCAGAUUACGUCAAAGACAUGUUUGCACUCAUGGCCAUUGCCUACGCACCUGUGCAGUGGGUGCGCCUCGCGACUCUCCUUCGUGCGCCCGCUGUUUUGGACCAGUGGUUCACGCUUCCCAUCUUCGCGUGGGUGCUGGUGUGGUGCGAUUUUAUCGAGCACGGUUGGCGGCCACGGUACAUGUUAACGGUCGAGUUAUGCUCCAUUCUCAGCUAUGGUCUUUCGCUGGUGCACGACCAAGGGUUCGAGGUGGCCCUCGGAUGUCAUGUGGCAUUCGCGGUCAUCAAAGGUGUAGGGGUAAACCGUAACCAUGGGGACUGCCACUCCCGGAGAUACCUGGGUCUUGCGGUACUGUCAUGCAGUGGUUUCGUGUUGCUGAAACUGUUGGAUCACACCCUGGCCCGGUACCGACCCUUCCAACAUCUCACUGGACACUUCUGGUCCAAAGUGUGUGACAUUCUGCAGUUCCACUACACUUUCUGCUUUCUCACGCGCUUCACCAAAACGGACUGAAUAAUAAGUCUGUCCAUGGAUGAUCAAUGGCAAUAGAUCUGAGUCUGUCUGCAACUGUGUGUUAAUUCAUUCAAUUGUCUUCAUGGACUUAAGGGAGCAGAAAUUGUGUAGAAGAAACAUAACCCACUUCAAGGACAAAUGACAAAACUGUGUUGGUCAUUCAUUGAAGUUAUAAUAAUAAUAAUAAUAUAUGCCAUUUAGCAGACGCUUUUAUCCAAAGCGACUUACAGUCAUGUGUGCAUACAUUCUACGUAUGGGUGGUCCCGGGAAUCGAACACACUACUCUGGCGUUACAAGCGCCAUGCUCUACCAACUGAGCUACGGAAGGACCACAUAUAUAAAUUCUAGAUAGUAGGUCAAUCACACCUAAUUCAGAUUUGAAAAGAAAUGUAGGUACAGGUAGGCUGGUUUGAUAAAAUGCAGAGGGGAAAGGGCAGCAAGAACUGAGUCAGCCAAUGAUUUAAGACUGAUGAAGAUAUAUAUUUGUUUUUUCUUUGUAAUUUUAACCAAUGCACAACAUCGCGUUUGUUAACAUCUAAUCUCCUAAGAGAUCAACAUCAGAUCAACAACAACAUAUAUUUCCAACAAAUGUGUAAAUAUGUCAAAACAAUCAUUGUCAUAAUAUCUCAAAUUGGAGGAAUUAAAACUGUUUUAUGAGAAAUCUUUUA